AUGAACCAGCAAGAGGACAGUGAACUUGCUCCUAUUGACCCCGAGAUCGAACGCACUUUCAGAAAAAGGAGAAAAGAUCAAAAGGCUAAAAGUCGAGGCACUAUGGCUGAACGUGUUGAAGAUGAGGGGGAUGGCCAGCAAGUUACUAAUCCCAUUGUUUUGGCGGAUGACAGAGCCAGAGCAAUACGGGAAUACGCUGCCCCCAUGUUUAAUGAGUUAAAUCCAGGCAUUGUGAGGCCGGAAAUACAAGCAGCUCAAUUCGAGCUCAAGCCGGUCAUGUUUCAAAUGCUCCAAACCGUGGGGCAGUUCAGCGGGAUUCCAACGGAGGAUCCUCACCUUCACCUUCGUUCAUUCUUGGAGGUGAGCGAUUCUUUUAAGCUUCAAGGAGUGAGUGAAGAAGCAUUAAGGAUGAAGCUAUUUCCAUUCUCAUUAAGAGACCGAGCUAGAUCAUGGCUCAACACUUUGCCUCCUGAUUCCGUCACAAAUUGGAAUGAUCUUGCUGAAAAGUUUCUGCGCAAAUAUUUCCCUCCCACCAGAAAUGCAAAGUUUAGAAGUGAGAUUAUGUCAUUUCAGCAGCUGGAAGAUGAGUCCACUAGUGACGCGUGGGAAAGAUUCAAAGAGCUUUUAAGAAAAUGUCCACACCACGGUAUCCCACACUGUAUACAGAUGGAGACCUUCUAUAAUGGCCUCAAUGCAGCUUCUAGAAUGGUAUUGGACGCUUCAGCCAAUGGAGCCAUUCUUUCCAAGUCUUACAACGAAGCAUUUGAGAUUUUGGAAAGGAUUGCAAGUAAUAACUAUCAAUGGUCAAACACUAGAGCUCCUACAAGUAGGAAGGUGGCGGGAGUUCUUGAAGUAGAUGCACUAACGGCUCUAACAGCUCAAAUGGCCUCAAUGACCAACAUCUUGAAGAAUAUGAGUUUGGGAGGAAGUAUUCAGCCAGCUGCUGCCAUUCAAAGUGCAGAAGUGUCAUGCGUGUACUGUGGGGACGGGCAUACUUUUGAGAAUUGCCCUUCAAAUCCAGCCUCAGUUUGUUAUGUGGGAAAUCAGAAUUUCAACCGCAACAACAACCCAUAUUCGAACACUUACAAUCCAGCAUGGAAGAAUCAUCCUAAUCUGUCAUGGGGGGGUCAAGGAGCAAGUUCAAGCACAUCACCAGCACAAGGAAGACAAGCAUAUCCACCAGGUUUUUCACAGCAGCCAAGACCUUCACAACAUGUUCAAAACUCCCAGCCGAACUCUUUGGAGAAUCUAAUGAGGGAGUAUAUGGCUAAGAAUGAUGCAGUAAUACAGAGCCAAGCAGCUUCUCUUCGUAAUCUUGAGAUGCAGCUCGGCCAGCUAGCCAAUGAAAUGAAAACUAGGCCGCAAGGAUCUUUGCCUAGUGAUACAGAAAAUCCAAGGAGAGAUGGGAAAGAACACUGUAAAGCUAUUCAGCUGCGGAAUGGUAAAAAUCUGGGAAAUUCUGAGGAAAUACAGGGUAGUGGAGAGCCCACUUCAAUCCAAAGUGAAGGAGAAACAAGUAACAAAACUGCCCAGGAAAUUGCUGAAACUGGCCCAGUUGCUACAGCAAGGGGUCAGCAAACUGCUCCAGUAAAUUCUGGUCCUAAACCGCCCCUUCCAUUUCCGCAGCGAUUUCGCAAACAACAACAGGAUGGUCAGUUCAGAAAGUUUUUGGAUGUACUGAAACAGUUGCACAUUAAUAUCCCCUUGGUCGAAGCAUUGGAGCAAAUGCCGAAUUAUGUCAAGUUCUUAAAGGAUAUUUUGACAAAGAAAAGGCGAUUGGGGGAGUUUGAAACUGUGGCUCUCACAGAAGGAUGUAGCGCGAUGUUGAAAAGCAAGAUCCCUCCUAAGUUAAAAGAUCCUGGCAGUUUCACGAUUCCGUGUUCUAUUGGAGGUAGAGAUGUUGGAAGAGCAUUAUGCGAUUUGGGCGCUAGCAUCAACCUUAUGCCUAUGUCAAUCUUCAAAAAGUUGGGUAUUGGUGAAGCACGACCCACUACCGUUACAUUACAGCUUGCGGACAGAUCUAUGGCUCAUCCCGAGGGCAAGAUUGAAGAUGUGUUAGUUCAAGUGGAUAAAUUUAUAUUUCCGGCGGAUUUCAUCAUUUUAGACUAUGAAGCGGAUAGAGAGGUGCCUAUAAUCUUGGGUAGGCCUUUUCUUGCUACAGGGCGUACUCUUAUUGACGUGCAAAAUGGUGAACUUACCAUGAGGGUGAAUGACCAACAAAUCACCUUUAGUGUGUUUAAAGCUAUGAAAUUCCCGGAUGAAGUGGAAGAAUGCUCUAGAGUUGACGUUGUUGAUACUUUGGUAGCUGAGAAGUUCAAUAAAAGGGUGGAAAAAGCUGCUAUGGGAACCCAGAUUUUUGGAGAUGAGGAGGAGUAUAGCAGUGAAGAAGAAGAGAUGCUUACAUGGGUAGAUUCUUGCCAACCAACCAAGAAAUUUAGUAAGGUGUUUGAAACUCUAAAUCUGCCAGAAAAGCACUUUCAGGCCCCUAAACCAUCUGUUGAAGAACCACCCCAGCUGGAGUUAAAGCCACUGCCAAGUCAUUUAAAGUAUGUGUACUUGGGCGACAAUGAUACUUUACCUGUGAUAAUAUCUAGUUGUCUGGAGUCUGUUGCUGAAGAGGCAUUGCUGAAACUGCUGAAGCAGCAUAAAAGGGCGGUAUUAUUCUGGAAUUGGACCAUUUUAGAAAGAGAGAGAACUUCUGGCUAA